CUCAAUUUGCGUGGGCACGAGAACCUAAAUGGACUCCCGUGCCCCAGGACAAGCAGGGUAGAAGUCCCUGCUCUACUUGGGAAAUCUCAGCCUGCACGGGAACGGAAUGGAGGUUCCCAGUACGGUUCGGAUUUCCAGUGCGGACAGCGUGCUAUUAGAAUUAAUGGCACCCGCCUGCAGGUCCUGCAUUCUUCUGUGCGGGUGGUGCAGCUGCAGGUAUUUGUGCGGGUCCCGCAUUCCUCUGUGUGGGUGGUGCAGCUGCAGGUAUUUGUGCGGGUCCCGCAUUCCUCUGUGUGGGUGGUGCAGCUGCAGGUAUUUGUGCGGGUCCCGCAUUCCUCUGUGUGGGUGGUGCAGCUGCAGGUAUUUGUGCGGGUCCCGCAGAGGCACAACCCGCACAGAUGUGAACCAACUUUA